AAUGCUUCUGACAACCUUUCUCCAUCACAACCAUGCCCCUCUUGGGGUGCCCUGAUCUGUCCUAUGAUGUAGAAUCCAUAUAUUCCCCAUAGAUGCCGACCUUUUUCUCGUAGCUAGGUAGCAAAUGAGAUCUCUGGAGCCGUGACGGCCCUACUCCGCUAUGCACCGUUCUGUCCACUCCUUAGCAAAGUCUGAAAAGGGGAAAGCAACCUUGUGGACUCCUCAACGAAUAUUUCCAUUUCAAAGCUUAAGCCUGCUUCUUCCUACAUACGUAUAUAAGCCCAUCUCCUGCCAGACUUUUCCUUUUUCCCUUGCUACUUCUGUCAACUUUUCACAUCUGUGAUUUCAUCAGUUUUGUAGAUCAUAACCUACGACAAACUCUCAAGAUGAAAAGCAUCACCUUCCUGGCCGGCAUCCUGCUGGUCUCCGUCGGCCCCUCCCUCAUCAACGCCGAUACCAUCUUGGGUCCGCGUCCGACAACCACAGCCGUGGCCGAGGAUUCCUCUCUCGCGAAUAUCCCCCCCAUGGUCAUCCUCGAGAUUAUCAAAAAGAGGAAGGGAAAGGGGAACAAAACUACGACCGCCGAGGUUAGGGAGACGACUAACCCUGCAAAACGGCCUCCCUCUUUACCUAUUAUCAUCGAAACUCAUUACGAGGUGAUUAAGCCAAAGACACCCAAGACCGCUGCUCUCGAAGCAUAUUCUCCUCAACCCACGGCCCCGCUUCAGGCGCGUAAGCAGCGAAGCGACGAGGCGGAUGAGAAGACUGGGUUCUCCUUCCUCUGCACGCACAACAAGUGCCCCAAGGAGAUGGAGGUCCCCCGUACCCUUGAACCCAGACAGCAACAGGAAGCAGACGACGUCGAGCCCUCCGCUGAUGACGAGGACGCCGACUCCUACAGAGACUGCCCCAAGAGGCGUUCGCGCAAGGCCAAGCUGUCGAGUAUGGCGGCUACCAAGACCCUCGAGCCCAGACAGCUGGUCGUAGAGACUGCCGCCGCCGGGCCCUCUGCCGGCGAGGACGCCGAUUCCUACCUCUGCACACACGAAGACUGCCCUCAUAAGCUUGCGCGCCUGGUGAAGCCGUGGGCCACGAAGACCCUCGAUCCCAGACAGCCGGUUGUGCCGACUAGCACUGCCGUGCCCUUUGCGGACGAAAAGGAGGGGGCGGAGGAGAUGGAUGAUGAGUACUACGCCAUGCCGCCUCCUCGUACCCGUCGCUUGCGUUGCAAGGGAAGACACAGCAGAACCGCUUCCAGCACGGCGACUCCUACUUCUUCCACCACUUCGUCGACCACCUCGUCUGCCAUCUCGUCCAGCACCGGCACCGUCACCGUCACCGUGACGCCGACUGUCACUUCCAGCUCGAGCUCUCCCUCUACCACCACCAGUACCUCCUCCUCCACCUCCUCCUCCACUUCCACCACCGCACCCGAUGGCGCUGUCACGCGCACCACUACCGUCACCGUGACCGCAGACCCGACCUACACCCCUACUUACCUCCUGAAGCCGUACCCGACGACCUUCCGUAAGGUCCGAGCUUAAACGCGGUUCUGCUGGAAUGUCUAUGAUGGGUGUUUGUUUGUUUCCUGGGUGUAAUGAAGCUUAGGUUAAUGAAGAAAGUUAUGGUGUAUUCGGGGUUUGUUUGCCAGCUUUUCAGCUGGAGCAGUCUAUUCGGCCUUAAGUACGCUUAGUGAGAUAGGCCAGAGUGAAUUCAAUUAUCGUUCAGUCAUACCGGAUG